AUGGCCUUCAACCCAGUACGACACGCCUUCCAAAUGAUGCUGGCCGACCAGAAGCACCGCGGUCUUCCGCUCCUCACCGCUUUCGACUACAAACCUUUCCUCAAGGCCAUUGAAGCUCUCCUCACAAACCCUACCUUCAUGCACGACCAUGCCUGGCAGACAGAAUCUCUCGAGCAUUCUAUCAGCCGCCCCGCCUUCAAUGUCAAGAAACGCGAGGACUGCCACGACAAGUUGGAUAUUCGACGCUACGAGGGCGCGGAGAAGGACUCCCGUGGUGCGACAGUCUUUGAAGGCAGUGUUGUUCUCAUUGUCGUUGAUGGAUAUGUGCUGGCCAAGGGAAGGAGUACCUCUUCGCCGGCAGAUGCGCUGCUGGAUGUGUUCCAGAAGGUUGUUACUUUGGCACGAGAGUAUGAGUGA